UUGUUGAUUUUGAGUAGGUGUUUAUCAGGUGCUACUUGUCAGUUGUCACAGAAGCUAUCAAAAUGUUCGGCUGUUGUUGGUGUUGUGCUGCGUUACGUCCGAGAUACAAGAGGCUCGUUGAUAAUAUUUUUCCGGUUAACCCUCAGGAUGGCUUGAUUAAGAAUAAUAUGGAGAAACUAACAUUUUAUUCGUUGAGCAGUCCUGAGAAAUUAGAUAGGAUUGGAGAAUACCUGUUUCAACGAGCUUCCAGGGAUAUUUACAGGAGACGAAAUGGCUUUGUUGUGAUCGCCAUGGAGGCAAUGGAUCAACUCCUGGUAGCUUGUCAUGCACAAACUCUGAAUCUAUUUGUUGAGAGCUUCUUGAAGAUGGUACAAAAACUGCUGGAAUCUACGGAUCCUCAAUUACAAAUUCUAGCAACACAGUCUUUUGUCAGAUUUGCCAAUAUUGAGGAAGACACACCCUCGUAUCAUACUCGUUACGAUUUCUUUGUGUCGAAAUAUUCGGCAAUGUGCCAUUCUAAUAAUGAUGAUCCCACUACACGCAAGCAAAUUAGGCUUGCUGGAAUUCAAGGGUUGCAGGGCGUUGUGAGAAAAACUCUUUCUGAUGAUUUGGUUGAGAAUAUCUGGGAACCUGUACAUAUGGACAAGAUUGUACCAUCAUUACUGUACAACAUGCAAAAUUCAAGGUUAAAUUUAAAAGAAACGAAUAUUAUGAGAAACACAUUGACAAAUUGUAUUUUUAGAUAUGCUGAUAAAGAAGACACAACACCGGACAGCCCAACUGAAGAACGAUCGGAUCCGCCGCAGUUUGCGGAAACUUGCAUGCGAGAAUUGAUCGGACGCGCAUCAUUUGGUCAUAUUAGAUGUGUUAUAAGACCUGUGUUGAGGCAUCUGGACAAUCAUCAGUUAUGGGUCCCUAACUACUUCGCAAUUCAUACUUUCAGAAUAAUUAUGUUUUCCAUUCAAUCACAAUAUUCCUACACUGUAGUGGAAGCUUUAAUGACGCAUCUUGAUGAUCAUUCAAAAUCGUCCCCUAAGAUUCGCACCAGCAUUGCGGAUACUUUGUCUAAAAUUAUAUCAAUUGCUGCAGGUGAAAGUGUUGGACCAUCUGUGUUAGAAAUUAUAAAUUCCUUAUUAUCUCACCUACGAGUUAGUGUAACAAGGAACCAAUCGUCAAGUAAUGAUGAGCAAUUGUAUCAAGAAGCUCUUAUUAACGCUCUUGGAGAGUUCGCAAAUCAUCUUCCAGAUUACCAGAAAAUUGAGAUUAUGAUGUUCAUUAUGAGUAAAGUUCCAUACAGUCAGCCUGAUCGUAUCGUAUCAGUCGGCAAAGGAGAUGUAUUACUUCAAAGCAUACUUUUAAAGUCGCUAUUAAAGGUUGGCACUAAGUACCAAACUAUUCAUUUGAACACAACGUUCCCACCCAGUUUCUUGGAUCCAUUACUAAGAAUGUCAUUGGCAGCAGAUGCUGAAAUGAGACUUCUUGUACAGAAAAUAUUCCAUACCUUAAUCGACAGACGACGGAAUAUUACAAAACUCGCUAAACCAACUGUGAACGUAGCAGAGCUCGAUCUUGCUAUUGAAAAAGCCUCUAGACCUGAUGUAAUCUUUAUUCGGAAGCACGGCCCUGAAAUCUACUUGGCGCUGUAUGAAUCAUUAGAGCUGUCUAGUAAUACAGUUGAAAAUGUGGAAUCUAUUUAUACCACACUGGCGUUACUUGCCAUUGAAUUAGCUUCUGAGGAAACAGUAUUAGAGUUACUGAGAUUGGUGUUGAGCCUGCAAGACUUGGCACUGACAAGCGGUCAAAUUAGUCUUUCGCUUAAAUUCAACUUACACGCAAUAGUUAUCAGUUUACUAAUCUUAAUAUCAUAUGUCUGUAAUAUUACCGCUCUUAUGGAUUAUGCGAAAAAGGUGGUAGAUGCGCGUCGAAACGAUAGCCCUCAUUUAUUACCAGAUUUACAAUCUCAAUAUGAUACUGGUCUAACAUCCAGAUUAGCGCCAGCUCUUUUAGUCGACCAAACUGUUGUCAGUGAAUGUCUAAAAGGAGCUGGUCUUGAUAGUGGAAAAUUACAACAAGGUUCAGGCUACAGCGGCAAUUCUUUACAACACAGGCAUUCAUGGGUUGAUGCUGGACGGAAUUCACUAGCUGACAUUAAUUCUGGAGGCCCAGAGUUGGAUAGUGCAGGUUCAUCACCGGGUGUGCAAAAGAAAUUACCUGGAGAAGAAUUAACGUUCGAAAGCAUGAAAAGAAUUUUGACAGAGAGCAACAAUAAUCAAGUAAUAGAAGAAGAGAAGCGAAUGCAACUUUCUCAGUUCUUUAGAAAUGCACCAUUCCAAGAUUUAGUAUCAAAAACACAACCAAAGCACGAUGUUUUACAAAGUAAGUUGUCAGAAAUAUUUAAUACGCUGUCCGUUGAUCCGCGCAACACGGUUCCUACAACCGGACCACAGACAGAUACUAAACCAAGUCAAACUCCAGCUUACGAAAUUCAUUUCCCAGAGUUGUUUGUAUAUUAAACUGUUAAUGUUCCUGUUGCAUUAACAUUAGGUGCCAGUUGGUGCUAUAAAUGCUUCAAAACAUUUGAUUGACCAAUUGGAAGAAAGAAUUUUACUAAUUGACCAAUCAAUGAAUGCUUCAAAGCAUUUCUAUAAAGCAUCAAAUAGACUGUAGCUAUUAACAUAGUGUUGCAUUAUAUUAAAUCGUCUACAUGUUACUGAGCAUGAACAAUAGCUCUUGUACUUUAAAGAUUGACUUAUGUACAUA